UCGCUUGGCUCGGCGCACAGGGCACCAUGCAGCAGCAGCCGGGACCCGGGAGUAUCAACUGUGAGCCGGGCUGGUACCUGUCUGCCCGCGAGCAGGAAGAGGAGCAGGAGUCCACCCCGCUGCUGCCUCCAGCGCCGCUGGGCAAUAGAGCUCUGAAUCAUGCAUCUUCAGGUGUUUCCUUUGGUUUCUCAGUAUUUAAUUUAAUGAAUGCAAUCAUGGGAAGUGGAAUACUUGGUUUAUCUUAUGCCAUGGCCAACACAGGGAUCAUUGGAUUUAGCAUCUUGCUGCUGAUUGUUGCCAGCCUUGCUUCUUACUCUGUAUUUCUGCUGCUUAGUAUGUGCAUUCAGACUGCUGUCACUUCUUAUGAAGAUCUUGGUCUCUUUGCAUUUGGAUCACCUGGGAAGGUUAUUGUGGGAAGUACGAUAAUUAUUCAGAAUAUUGGAGCUAUGUCAUCUUAUCUUUUAAUUGUUAAAUCUGAACUGCCUGGUGCAAUUGCAGGAUUCAUAAGUGGAAAUGACAGCGGGUCAUGGUAUCUUGAUGGCAGAGUGCUGUUACUGAUUACUUCAGUCUGCAUUGUUUUUCCUCUUGCACUUCUUCCGAAAAUUGGCUUUCUUGGCUAUACAAGUAGUUUAUCAUUUUUCUUUAUGGUGUACUUUGCUCUUGUGAUUUCAAAUUCUACUGAGGAUUGUAAAGCAAAGCUCUUUCAUUUUUCUAAGGAGAGCGCUUAUGCCAUCCCAACCAUGGCCUUCUCGUUUCUCUGCCAUACCUCAGUAUUGCCCAUUUACUGUGAGCUCCAAAGUCCAUCGAAAAGCAGAAUGCAGAAUGUAACCAACACAGGAAUUGGUCUGAGUUUCCUACUCUAUUUUGUGUCUGCCUUGUUUGGGUACCUUACUUUUUAUGACAAAGUGGACUCAGAAUUACUGCAAGGUUAUAGCAGGUACCUGCCGCAUGAUAUUGUCAUCAUGACUGUAAAACUAGGCAUGUUAUUUGCUGUGAUUUUGACAGUGCCUCUCAUCCAUUUCCCUGCAAGGAAGGCUGUAAUGAUGAUCUUUUUAUCUCAUCUUCCUACUUCAUGGAUUUGCCAUAUCCUUGUCACUUUAGCACUCAAUGCAAUCAUUGUUUUGCUUGCAUUGUAUGUGCCCGACAUAAGAAAUGUAUUUGGAUUAGUUGGUUCUACCACAUCUACAUGUUUGCUCUUUGUGUAUCCUGGACUGUUUUAUCUUAAACUUAGCAGGGAGGACUUUAUAUCACGACAGAAGCUUGGGGCUUGUGCGUUGUUUAUUUUUGGCAUACUUGUUGGUCUCUUAAGUUUAGCCUUAAUCAUUUUCAAUUGGAUUAAUCAAUAAAAUCCCUUCCAUUGCUUCUUGAGCUGGACUUGAGAAAGACAAUGCGAGCAAAGACUUCCAGCAACAUAUUGCAAAUUCUCAACUGAAUGCUGGACAUCUUCAAGAAAAAACCCUUCAGGAGCUGUGUAUGAAACAAGUAACCAUUUGUUUGUUUACUCUCAUGUCUGUUUCUUUGACUGGUUUACUUCUUGCACAAUUGAACUCUUCCAUUGUACAAAUAUAUUAGUCUUAAAAUGACUUAACGUUACCCAGGUGAAGAGGUCACUUUAUGAGAGGACAUUAUAUAGUGUGCUUACAAUGCAAAAAUAUUUUGUUUAAGGCUUUCAGAUCUUAGAGUCAGAGGUUUGCAUCUGCAUCUGAACCGGCGCUGGCACCAAGAGCUGAAAGGGGCUUAUUUCCUGUGUUCUGGCUUGGAUUCAGCUGAUUUCCCAUGAGAUGGGCAGAUUUUACAAAAACCUUGUGCCAUUCAUAAUACUGGAAGUCUCACAACAGCAGUUAUAAAAGGAUUUGCAUCACUUUCAUUAAAAUAGCUUGCAAAAUUUUACCACCCUCGUAUUGAAAUCUUGAAACUGAUUGGUCUCCACACUGUCACCCUACCCAAUAGGAAGAUUUCCCCUCCCACCAGCAUGUUCCUCUAUUUGAAAUUGCACUUUAAAUUAUGUAUAGUUUAUACUUCAGUGUAUUAGGCCUUCUUGGAAUGAGUCUGUCAGAUAAACUCUGUGCCCUUCUAGGAUAUUUGAUGUGUAUUUUGGAAGCGCUAGCAAUAAUUUUUAUUUUGCACUUAAGAUCUUCCAGCAUUUCCAUUACAAAUGUAUUCAAAGCAUUUAGAGGCCUGAUUUAUUUAUUUUUUUAAGCCCCCUAACUUUCACAGGUGUAACUCGGUUAGCUUCCACUGGAGAUACUCUCAUAAGUAUUACAGCAAGAAGGAACCAUUAUGAUCAUGUAGCCUGAUUUGCAUAAGACAGGCCAUAAAACUUCAUUCAGUGAUUCUGGCUUCUAGCCCAAUAAUUUAUGGUUGAACUAGAGUGUGUCUAAAUUUUACACUGGUGUUAGUUAGAGAAGAAUCAGACUCCAAGAGUGAAAUCCUAUUGAAGUUAAUGGGACUUUUGCCAUAUAGGACCAGAGUUUCACCCCACAUUGCUAAACUCUUGCGUAUCCCCUUAAGCACUAUUUAUGCUUAAAAUGAAAUCUGAAUGCCAUUUUCAGCACCAGUUGGACUUCCUCUGAGGUCUAAUCCACACAAUGCUGAAAAUGGUAUUGGCAGCCCAGAGCCAACAUUGCUCACACCAGAGGAGCUGAAACAGUGAUAGGAAUGAUGGUCAAUUUUUAAAAAUGUCUUCGUUGUAGAGAAUAUCCUUUAAAACGAAAACGCUCUAAUCUAUAGAUUUUUAUCUUCUAAGGAAGUUAAGACUCCACAGAAAUGAGACCUACAUAAAGUUAAGUAAUUAGACCUCAGACUGGAGCAGCAAGAUUUAGAGGCUUGGAAACUUCAUUAUUUCCAGAUGUGAUAUUUCUUUUAAUCUGAUUUACUACUUACUUUUACAUCUGAAAUGUAGAAUAAGAUACAGAAGUGAAACACUCUAAAGUAACAUUUAUGCAAUUCAGCUGAAUUUUGCAACUUUAAUUUAAAGUAAACUCAGCUGACACAAUUUUCAGUUGUGCAGUUGAGGGAAGUCAGAUGCAAAGAUAGCUCUGAUCACCAGCUCUAGUCCUGGGCCAACAGAGGGCUAAACAGGACUGCUUCAACUUCCAACCACAAGAAUGGGUACAGACCAUUCUGCGAACCCAGGAUUCCUCCAUGCCAAAGAGAAUUCUCAGCUACCCUUUGAGUCUACUAUAGAGACAGACCAAUGUGCUGCUUUGAUGGAGCAAAGUGACCUGAUUAGGGCCCAGGAUCUGACCUUAGGAGUUUCUGUAGAAUAUUUCUCUUGUCUUCGUGAAGGAACAUAAUAUACCUCAUGACAGUUUACAGUGUAGCCUUGAGCUGAACAAAACUGUUGGGGAAAGUUUGGGUACCUCUGAACAUAAGAAGUUUCCUGCCUCUUUGAUCAAGGGAUUGGCAGUGUGGAUUACUGUGGAAGCCUAGAACAAACAAACAUGAAGGAGGCUCUCUAUCCUGCCUUUGAUCCCUCUUGCAAUUAUUCCCACAUUUUACUCCUGAUAAACAAAUAUCACUAUCUUUUCUUCCCAUGGUAUGUCUUAAUUUCCCCCUUCUACUAAAUGUUCAGCUGCUCAGAUAUUUCAAUGAGUAGUGUAAAAACCUAAAUCUUGGGUAACCUAAACUUAAAUCUUGGAUAGCUGGUACUGAGCCAUCUUGGGUAAAUGUGACAGUGGGGACAGUUGUGAAUCAACUACUUUUUCUCAUAUGUGGCCUGAUCCAAAGACUAUUUGAAGUCAAUGAGCAUCUUUCUAUUCAUUUGAAUGAGCGUUGAAUCAGUCUCAAUGUUUACUUGUAGCUUUUUUGCAAGGACACUAAUAAUCUACAAGAAUAUUAAUCAAAAUCAGGGGAAUUUCUGUGGGAAUUCUUUAUUUCACAUAUUACUUUGCCCUGCUCUCAUAUCUUAAUAUCUGGUAAUAUCUGCAAGACAUAAUUAUGGUAAUCUAAAAAAGUAUUUUAAACUGCAUAGUAAGUUAAUAUUAAAAACUUAAUUGGGUGAACUGGAAAGCUUAUAAAAACCUGGCAAGAUCUGCAGUUUUCUUAUACCUCACUAGAAAAAAAAUGAAAGUUGUGCCCAGCAUUAAAGCUAAUACCCUGCUCUUCUGAAAGGACUGGAUUUACAAUCGGGUUUGUGUGCAUAAUUUUGAAGAAUGCAGCUAAGGAAAUAUCUGAAAGCAUAUGAACAUACCAAUGCUAUAUUUGUAAUGGUUUCCCAUUUAAAAUACAAACUUUACACUGUAAUAUAGGUAAACAAGACACUUUUAACAUCGCUGGGUAUUGCCAAAUAGCUAAGCUUUUAAAUGGCUAAUACUAGUUUGUGAAGUUAAUACUCCAUUAAGGGGAAUGGAAGCAAUUCACACCUCUGUUGGAGCUGUAUUAUUUCAGUCUAGGUGCAGAGUAGUGCAGACAAGACAGCAGUGCAUUGAUUUUAUAGUAUCAGGGUUAUCUUCGCAAGGAGAAGAGUUACAAAUGUUUCUUUUUAAAAGAAAUAUAUCUAUAGGAAAUUAAGUUUAACAGAACCUAAAAUCUGGAGAAAUAACCUGAGUUUUCAGAAUACCUACACUUCUAUUGUCCUUGCUCAUAUGCUUGCCUAUAUUGUGGGAGAGUCGCUGGAUAAAAGCUACCAUUUCUCUCCCCUCAUUAAUUAUAUCGAUAUUUUAUACCAUUUUUUUGUCCUCGUGUCAUCAUUAUCUUUAAAACUUAUUUACUGCUUUAUAAAUAAGUUAAAUGGAAAUAGAGGGAAAAGUGGACCAUGUGUUUACUGAGUCAGCACUAAUGUAGCUACAGUAACAUAGUGAUACCAGUACAAAUUCGCAGUGUAGCUGCAUUGCAUCAGUGCAAAAUAGGGCUUGCACCAAUGCGACUUACAAGAGAGCUGGAUGAAAACUUUUCAUUGAAUUUUUUUUAUGAAAACAAAUUUUUAAGCAGAUUUUUUUUGUAUGAUCGUUUCUGUUUUUCAUUGCUAUUUUUCAAGUUUGUGUUGAAAAUUCAAAAACCCAAGGAAGAAAAAUGCACUUUUCAAAAACUAGGGGAAAUAUUUCUUUGAACAUUUUUUAAAAUAAAGUAGCUCUUUCAACUAGCUUCACUUAGCCGAGCGAGCCCCAUUUAGUGCUAGCUAAUUCAAUGUCUGUUAGGUGUUUGCAUGAUGAUGUUACACCAGUGCAACCCCAGAGGGUUUGAACGAGUGAUUUUCCCCCCCCCCAUCCCCGCGCUCAUAAUCUAUGUAUUUUUUUCUGUAGUUGGGUGAGAGUGUGUGUAUCCUAAAUGAAAAUGCUGAUCAUUGUAAGAGAGAUGCAGAUGAAUUGGGAGAGAGAUGAAAUGAUUUGGGAACAUUUUUAGGCUAAAUAAAGCAUUCUCUCUCCCAUUGCCCUUGCCCGCACGUUUUGAAUGAUCAAAUUACAGAGCUAUCUGUGUUUAGCUAGGUGAAUACGGUAUUUCUGUUCUAGUCUCUCGUUACUGUAAAUGUUGGAAACAGAGUUAAGGAAAAUGAAGUUAUGAAAAAAGGAGCUUGCUUGUACUCAUUGUAACAUGUUUUUAGUUUUUGCGAAAUGCUGACAUUUUUCUAUAUUUUAGUCGGUGCUAUCUGGUAAGCAGUUUGCCUCUUAAUAUUUACAUAGUGCUUCAUUGUCACAGCACUAGAAAUGUAAUCUAAUUAAGAUUCUCUGCUGUAUAUAUCCCUGUACGUUUAACACAGUUGAGUCUCUUGUGCCUUUUGUUUCACUACAUGGUAGGUCUAAGGCCUUGUUUACAUUACUGUGGUAAGUCGACCUAAGUUACGCUACUCUAGCUACGUGAAUAAUGUAGCUAGAGUCGAUGUAGCUUAGAUCGACUUAUUGUGGUUUCUACACUGUGCUGCGUCGACGGUAGUACCUUAAUCUUCUUGUUCCGGUGGAGUACCAGAGUCGACUGGAGAGUGCUAUGUGGUCGAUCUAGCGAGUCUAGUGAAAGACCCACUAA